AUGCAAAAGCGAGAAUCGUAUACGCGCUCUGAUGAUCCCUUCUUCGAGCCAGAUGAUGAUGUUGGGGAAGCCGAGCCAAAUGGUCCGCAAGAUUCUUCUUCUUCUUCUGACUCGGACUUGGCCGAGGGUGAGGCAUCUGGCGAGCCAAAAGUGACGCAAGCAGCAACUUCAAACUCAUCACCUCAAGUCGAGCCGAAUGCUUCCACAUCCAUCUUUGAGCGGACCUCUCUCAGCCUCUCUUCAAACCCGCUACCUUCCACGAGAGACCUAUCUCGCACACUCCGACGCUUCAGCGCGCUCAGGAAGCUGGAAAUGACGCGCAUGCAGGCUUCUGCCGCAUCGCCAAACGGAUUGGAAAGCUUGCAUUGGCUACAGGAAGCAACAAUCGGAGCGACUACCAAGAGCGCGGGCAGUGAGGAGGAGCAUGCAUUUGGGCAAGAGCUCACUAGCUUCGACGUUAGUGGAAAUGAGCGCCUUGGCGUCAAGGGCGGGCGCGACGCGCUCAAUGGAAUUGAAAGGUUGACGGCGUUGCGAGGUGAGUCGGACUAUGUCAGCCAAGCUCAGAAGCAACGCGAUUUUUGAAUCAUGUGGCUCAGAUCCAGAGCUAAUUGCGGAAGAGGUUUGCUGACCUAUCUGUGUUCUCGUCUCCAACAUGAACAGUGCUGAACCUCACCUCAUGCUCCUUGGCACACGUGCCGUUCCAUUUGUUGCCUCGCGCACUGCACGCUCUCAUCCUCGCACAAAACAAUCUCGAGGCUAUCUCGAUGCUUCCGCACUUUCCAAGUCUGAACACGCUGAUUCUCUCUGCCAAUCGACUCGCCAAGCUUCCAGCAAAUCUGGCCAGCUCCUUGCCCGCUCUCAAAAAGAUCAAUCUCAGCGGCAACAAUAUUUCUGGCAACCAAUUGCCGGACUUUACGAGCUGCAGCGCUUUGAAAGAGGUCAACCUGCGAGGAAAUCCACUUGAGCAGCUUCCGGCGCAUAUGGCCAAUUGGGGGUUGGGCGGGGCGGCGAAGGCGAGGAAGUUGCAAUCCGCUGCGAGCUGCCUGGAACGCUCGACUGACGGGGAUGGCGUGAGGAUUUUGGACCUGUCCGACUGCCGUCUCGAAGACUGGGCAUCGAUUGAACCUCUGCUUCAUGUCACCAGCGGUGCGAGCGCAGCAGCCCUUAAAACCGCCGAAGCUGGUCAGCAGCGCGCUGAGAGCGGAAAAGCUAGCAAGCGACUGAAGUAUCGAGGCCUGGCGUCUCUCAGUCUGCGCGGCAACGGGGUGACGAGAAUGCCGGGAUACAGAGAAAGGAUGAUCAAGUCCGUUCCCACUUUGCGUCAACUCGAUGGCACGCUAAUCGAAGAGCGCAAGCCAUCACGACAAAGGAAAGAAGCUUCGCCGCCUCUGGAGAAGUCUUCUACUGGCACCAAACAUGAACAUCGGCGCGAUUCCGGGUGGGCCAGCCGUUCUGAGACAAAUGCCCGUUCGGCAGCAGAGAUUGAUGACGAGCCGUCGGAUCUCGAAGGUUCUGAAGAGGAGGCUCUGGCUCAGGAAGCUGCCAGGGAUCGCGCUCGGGUGCGAAGGCCUCCUACAGAGUCUAAGCCUGAAGCGUUGACACGGACUGAGUCGAAGUCGAGAAGUACUGCAAGUGAACAGACGAAGAAGAGGAAGCGCGAAGAGCGCGAGAGACCGCGCCCUUCGUCAGCCGGCGAGAAUGUACCGCAGAAACCUCGGAACGGGCCAGGACCGCGCGCUAAGAACCCUGCUUUUGAAGAUCAGCGGCGCGAAGGCAGGACGCACAAGAGGGGAGCGCGAGGCAAGAAGCGCAAAUCGAGCGCAGAUGAGGUAUCGCAGGAGCUGGCUGGGAAGAAUGACAAGAACGGCGUCGAUGCAUCACAGAAGCGCAAACCUAGGCGCGUUGUGGAGGUGAUUCAUGCAGAAUCUGAACGGGGUGUCACGAGCCGCUCUCGCAAAGCACCAGUUGAGGUGAUGGAAGAAGGUGUUCAAUCUGAUGCGUCUUCGGAUGACGACCGACCAACUCGCAAGCACAAAGCACAUAAGCGGGCAUCAGACGUCAAAGAGGUUCUGCGCUCCGCUGCUGGUCUGGAUGAAGAGCGGGAAGCGGAAGCGCACGAGUACUUUCCUCAUGCUUCCAGCCCAGCCAAGGCGCGAGGCAAACAGGAAAAGGCAACAAUGAAUGAGCGGCAGCAAAUCUCCGGAAAUGCAAGGGCGAAGGGCAAGCCUGCACACAUUGACCCCAAGGUGCGCGACAAUAGGUCGCCCAAGAGUUCAAACAAGUCAAAGGGUUCUGGCGCGUCGGCUAGCGCGCUGGAAGCUCAUGAUCGCCCCAACAAGCCAUUACCCAAUCGGCACGCAGCAUCAAAAACCGACGCUAGGAUGGCGAAACGGAAGCUCUCGGCUUGGGAUGCUGAUAGUCCGUUGGUCAAUAGGAAGCAAUCUUCUGCGGUCUUGCAGGCCGAGCACGAGUCUGGCGUGGCUGACAAAAAGGAUCAAGGCAAGGAGAGGACAUCCGUCAAAGGCGUGGUCGACCUGCGCAAAAAGAGCAAAGGCAACAAACCUCUGCCCACGCUCCCAGCUGCUGGGAAGGAGCUGGGCGCUGCGCGUUACACUCAGCAGAAGGCCUCUCUGCCGUCAAGUUCGCAGACGGAUGACAUGUGGGGCAGCGGCGCUGGCAGUGGCUGGUGGUAG